AUGGCAGACUCUGACGCCGUCUUCCCCACGACGCCCAUCCUUCGUCUCGAGCACUGCGUGCUCCGGCCGUACCAUGUCUCGGACCUCGAGCCCAUGUGUGCCGCCGCCAACGACCCCGAUAUCGUCCGCUACAUGCGCGAUACGUUUCCCUAUCCGUACGAUCGCGAGGCCGGUCUGAACUGGUUGAAGAUUUGCAAAGCAGAAGGCUUGCCAGAGGAGGACGAGCCAGCGUCGGCCGCACCAGCAUCCACAGCAGCUUCCAAACCAGAGGUCCCCCGGUCUGAGCUCACCGCUGCCAUCUGCCUGCUGGACGGUACGUUUGUCGGCAGCACAGGCCUCCAUGUCGUCGGCCGUGACGGCACCGAAAGGUACACGCGCGAGCUUGGGUACUGGAUUGGCAAGGCACACAGGGGAUACGGGCUCGCGACAGAAGUGGCGGCCGGGCUGGGCCGGUGGGCGCUGUCGGCGGCGAGCGGCAUAUUGACGCCGGAUGGACAACCGCUGCGGCGGGUCGAGGCGGGCGUGUACGGCGAGAAUGCAGCCUCGGUGAAGGUGCUGGAGCGGGCUGGGUACGUCCGAGAGGGCGUGCGGCGGCAGGCGGUUGUCAAGAACGGCGCAAUGCAGGACGUGGUCAUCUUUGGUCUGUUGGCGUCCGACCUCAAAAAAUAG